AUGUCUGCUGUGUUUGCACAAAUUUAUGGAAACCAAGGAUACCUUUUAAAGAACUCAAGAGUUGAUCAGAGCGAAAGAUCGAGGGUUGCAACUGCAGCGACUAUUGUCCAAUCCCCGCACACGUUUUAUUGUGUUCAUUUUAUAAUUUAUUAUAAAGGCGAUGCUCUACAACCAAAAGAUAUCAUUUCAAGUGCUGUUGUCCACAAUCUCAUUGAAUGCUCCAUGAAUUGUCUAAACCAGCAGCAAUGUGUCGGCUUCAACUACCUUGAUGACAGCAAAAAACAUGAGAAGAACUGCCAAACAAGCAAUGCAACAAUAAAAAGUGGUUUAGAAAAAGAAACCUCCGUGGGAUAUUGGAUUUUUUAUCAAACCUUGAAAUAUUCAAUGUUUGACUCGGCUAUUCUAAAGAGUAAUAAUAAUUGGAUAUUACAAAUCAAAAAAUGGCUUCCUUCCUACCUGAAAGUCGAAAAGGCGUUUCGAUGUUACCAAGCAACAAAAAAUGGUUGGAAGUCGAGCAUAUUUCACAGUUGCUGUGAUUACAAGGGACCAACAUUGGUCAUAGUAAAAGUGAAAAGCUAUGUGUUUGGUGGAUUUGCAUCAGAAUCAUGGGGAGGGAAUACUGGUUACAAAAGAGCAGAUCAGUCGUUCAUUUUCUCCUUAAAAAACAGAGAUAAUUUGCCACCAUUUAAAUCCAAAAUUGAAAGGAAUAGACAAUAUGCAAUGUCAACGAAGGAGCACGCUGGAGCCACAUUUGGAGCUGGUUGGGAUUUGCAUAUAUCUGAUAAUGCCAACUAUAAUAGUGGGUCGCUCGCACGCUUUGGAAGUUCGUACAAGCUUCCAAAUGGUUAUUACUACAACACCGAAAAAACAAAUAAUUUGCUGGCCGGUUCUCUUUACUUUACACCAGAUGAAGUGGAGGUGUUUUUUUUUUCUUCAUAAAUCUUCAAAACAUAAUAAAUAGUAUUAAGACUGCGAGUGUGUUCCAAUUUUACCAUAUACUGAAGCAAACUUGCCGUAACUUGUAGUUUAUGACGUUAUAAAGAAAUAAUUUAUAAUGAGAUGAUAGCAAAGACUUGUUAUAGCUAAAAUAAUAGUAAUAAUGAAUUUAUUUCAUUUGAUCA